CUUUCUUUGUCGCUCCACCACCUCUACAUCCCUCUCACCGCUCGACAACCCGUCUCUCGCCCCGCAGCUGCAUAGAUAGUAGCAACAAGCCGGACUGCCGCGUCCUACUUGAUGGAUGGAGUCUGCGGGCUCUGACACCCCGCCGCAGAGCCGCCACGCUGGUCAUGGCGCGACCCAGUCCUCCGACCCAGCGGGCAUCGUGAUCCCACCGUAUUGGCAGCAGCAUCAGAGGAGCACCAGCAACGUCUCGGUCGACAAGGCCCAGUCGGCCCAGAUCACCCUCGAGGACCACACCGACGAGGGCUCCGAGCAGUGCAAGGCCCUGUGGGCAAAGCGUGUGACGAUUGACGACUACGUCGUCGUCAGUGGCACCACUCCGGGCGUGGGCGCCUAUGUCGUCUGGAACUGCACCGUCGAGACCCUGGAUGGCGGCCCCAUGAAGAUAAUGAAGAGGUACUCCGAGUUCGACGACCUGCGCAACAAGCUGGUGAAAACAUUCCCACAUGCCGGCGCUGCCAUGCCGCCGUUGCCACCGAAGAAAUUCAUCUUAACGUGGCUGUUGGAUUGGGCUGGAUGGAUGCCGCCACAGUGGGAAGACUGACAGACUACUGAACGUUGAUGUGCAACACGAGUCUGUGCAACAUGUCAGGAUGAUCGGAUGGCACGAUCAGAGAUGGGUGGAUGUCUCAGAUGAAAACUAACAGUCGACUGUCGGUAAAGUCGUGGUCUGCGGAACAAAGUGUGUGUAUAUAUAUAUAAAAGACGAGUCCACAUCACACCAGACGUGACCUCAAUUU